AAUAAAUGUAAGUGCCCACAGUAUCCAAGUGUGGCCUCGCAUUUACAGCACACCCGACACCCGGCCAUCACUACGGCCUCCAUUCACACCGUCAGCCCCAACACAAUCAACAACAGCACCGACGGGGAUACUCUCCUCCGUUUGUUACUCAAGUAUUCCUCCGCUUCUUUGCCAAACCAGUCUUCACAGGCAUCUCAUGAUAUCUGUGUUGAAUUGAAUGGCCAGCAAACAUCACCACCACUACUAACCCAAGCCCUAUCAGCGGUUAUCAACAAUUACGGGGCCGGUAGCGGCUUUGGCAACGCUAACUCUGCGCCCAACGGCGCGCCCAAUGGUCACCAUCGGUCACAUUUCGCGACGCCUAACAGUCCCGGCCCUACAAUAGAACUCUACAAUUCCAGUCAGGAUAGUGUUCCCAGUUAUGUACAGACCACUAGCCCUCAGCCCAACUCAGCCUUUCCACCCAUUGCUGUCAGCAGGAUAUAUCGUUCACAUAGCUCUAACGGGGAUACUCUCCUCCGUUUGUUACUCAAGUAUUCCUCCGCUUCUUUGCCAAACCAGUCUUCACAGGCAUCUCAUGAUAUCUGUGUUGAAUUGAAUGGCCAGCAAACAUCACCACCACUACUAACCCAAGCCCUAUCAGUCAUUUAUCUAAUAUUUUUCUGGUCUUAUCUCUUCUCACUCAUCCACCCCUUCCCUCUCACCACAAAUACAUCUAUAUGUAUAACUAUGGCACUAAAUGGUGGCAAACAAACAGCGGUUAUCAACAAUUACGGGGCCGGCAGUGGCUUUGGUAACGCUAACUCUGCGCCCAACGGCGCGUCCAAUGGUCACCAUCGGUCACAUUUCGCGACGCCUAACAGUCCCGGCCCUACAAUAGAACUCUACAAUUCCAGUCAGGAUAGUGUUCCCAGUUAUGUACAGACCACUAGCCCUCAGCCCAACUCAGCCUUUCCACCCAUUGCUGUCAGCAGGGAGAGCAAACAGUCG